UCGUUGGGUCCCGAUAGUUUACCAGGUGGCGACUGUGUCCGAGAGUCACCGUGGUCAGGUUGAUCAGGCGACUCGUAGGUACGUUGAGAGGUUGCGCGAGCCCGUAUCGUGUGUCGUUUCGCCACAUGUUGAUUAAUUGAAAACGGGGGAGAGAUAGAAACGCGCGUCCACGCGGAUCCCCGCGCCACUUGGCGUCGCCGUCUGUCGUUUGCCGUUGGCCGUUCGCGGACCGUCGUACGUUCUCUCUUUCUCUCGCUCGCUCUCUCCCCCCCUCUCUCUCUCUCUUGCGCGCGCGCGCUCUCUUUCUCUCCUCUCUCUCUCCCUUCUUCCCUUCUCUAGAAGCCCCGUUGGCCGAGAGCAGAGAGUUGUACAGGAAUUGUUACCGCAGUGCGCGCGCGACUUUCUACACUCUGCCGAGGAGCAGCCUGGUGUGUUACGUCACGCGGUCGUUGACAAUCGUCGAGGGAUCGUCGGGACGGACGUGAGCGUUGGUGGUCGGUCGAGGCCAGCCCGCGCCCUGUCAUACACCAGCCAGCAGCACCGCCGCCCCCGCACGCGCACCCGCAACCCCCCGUGCGUGCGUAUCGUAUUGUAUCGCGUACGCGCGUCCUCCGCUCGGAGCAAGGGACCGUCUCGUUCGUCGCGGCUCGGCCACGACGGCGCUUCGCUUCGGUCGCGGGUCAAGAGCCACCGUCGAGCCUCGCCGUGUCGCCCGCCCCGUGCGCCACUUUGCGGUCGGGCUUGUCCGGCUAUAACCUAAAAGCCCUCGUGAAUGUUGAUAGUCCCCGCGGCCACCUUCUCCUCCUCCUCCUCCUUCUCCUUGUUUUCCUUCGGCUCCCGUUCCUCCUCCUCCUCCUCCUCCUCCACCUCCACGUCGCCGUCGCGUCAGUCGUCCCUGCGAGGAAUUGCCGAACGUGGGGGCGUCGCGUGAAGGGGGCAAACUUUUCGACGUCAAGCGGUCAUCGGUCAAGUAGUCAAAAUUCCGGUCCCUACUAGGAAAGAGGGCCUCCAGCAAACCGGCGGCAGAAAUCCAUCAGCGAUCGGCCAGGAACCGUCAAACAAGAUGAGUAGUAGCAAGAAGAAGCCUCGUACGAACAAUAACAGGUACUGCCAAUCACUUGGCUUUCCUCGUCAAGAUCAUAAUAGCAGGUCCCCGCGGGCGCGCGUGCCGCAAGACAGAUGCGUCGCAGCCGAGGGGGUUUAUAACAAUGCUCACUUUAUGCACGCCGUCACUAGCCACGUGGGCAACAUAGUGCAGAUUCAGACUCAAAAUGGCUCCAAGUUCGAGGGUGUGUUUAGAACGUUCUCGAGCCAGUUCGACGUAGUGCUGGAGAUGGCUCAUCGCGUCGAGCCCUCGGGAAAGAUUAGCGUGGACAGUGUGGUGGAGAAAUUAAUUUUUUGCCCGAAAGACAUUGUCACCAUCUCCGCCAAGGACGUCGAUUUGGAUUACGCUAUUAGGGACACCUUCCAGACGGACACGGCCAUUAGUAAGUUUAACGGUUUGAUCGGCGAGAAGGAGCUCGAGCCCUGGGAUCCGCCGGCCACCAUGAACGGAGCCGACCUGGAAUUGGACGGUGCCGCCAACGGUUGGGACGUCAACGAAAUGUUUCGUAAAAAUGAACAAGAAUACGGAGUCCAAACCACGUUUGAACCCUCCUUGGUCGGUUAUACUCUACAACUGCAGCGUAAAGACACCAAGGAUUACAAGGAGCAGGAGCAGAAGGCCGCUGAGAUAGCGAACGAGAUCGAGUCCCAGCCGAAUCACAAGGCCAGAUUAGAGCUGGAAAACGGCGACGAGGAGGAGAGAUUUGCAGCUGUGACACGACCCGCCGAGGGGAAGUAUAUUCCGCCACCGUUGAAAAAGAAGAAUGGCAACACCAGCAAACUGAUGAGAUCCAGCCAGAGCGAGCCCCCGUCCUCGCCGGGAACCACCACCACCAACAACAAUAGUAAGAAUGUCUACAGUCAACCUCCUCCGUCCACGGUCAAUGUAAAUGUCCCGCAGUCGAGCAUGCCGGUGGGAGUACAGCCUGCUCAUACCUCGGUGCAACAUCCGGUUUCCUUGAAUAUGAGUAUGCCGCCCAACGGAGUGGUUGUUACGUACAAUAAUCCACCACCGCCGUUCGUGCCUCCAUCGACGACGCAGUCGCAGCAAGUAAUCCAGCAGAAUCAAUCGCAGUCCCAAGUUACUCCCUCGAUGGCGCAAGUGAACUUCCCGCCGCAACAACAGACACCCCCGAGUAAAAUAAAUACGGAGAAACGCGAGCGGCCUGGCAGACAGCAGGUUUAUCAAGCUGAUAAGGCGCCACCAGCACCGUUUCCACAAUCAAACGUCGCAUCUUCUCACCAUCAACAACAGUCUUCGCAUCAACAGCAUACAUCGUUGCCGCAGCAAAACUCUGUAGAGGGGCAAAUAGUCAUACACAAGUCGGACCACAGAAAGUUUCACUUUAAGGUUCCAACGCCACGUGGUAGAGAAGAACAGGAACUGCGACAAUUUUCUACGACCUUUAAAUUAGUAGGAGAGCCGCAGGAACCGCCAGACACCCCUCAGAUAUCCAGGAAACAGCAGCAUCAGCAUCAACCGGACGUGCAUUCCGCUGCUCCGAUGAAUCAGCCUCAUCACCAAGGUUCUCAUCAACAUACGAGUCCACAGCAGCAACCGCAGCAACAGCCCACGCAGCAGCAUACCAGUCCUCAUCAGCAGCAUCAAACUGUGCAAGAGGAACCAGUUACCAGUAAGCCACCGCCUGGUCCACUAGUAAGAUCCACGAGUCCACCUCAGCAACAGCAGCAGCAACAGCAACAACAACAGCCGCCGCCGCCGCAACCGCAGCAGCAGCAACCACCACAACCACAACAACCACCACCACCGUCGCAACCACCUCAGACUAAUACUCCGACGGUGCAACAACCUCCGUCGGAACCCGCGGUUGAUAAGAUAACUACAGCUUUUAAGAAAUCUACUUUAAAUCCAAACGCUAAAGAAUUCAAUCCAAAUGCCAAACCAUUCACGCCGCGCUCACCUAGCACACCAACGCCUAGUCGGCCGCACACACCACAGACUCCUCAGUAUACAGGGGCGACUAUGCCCGCGACCGUUGUUAUGCCGGCAUACGUGACGCAAUCGGCUUUCAAUCAAGCACCUGCUCAACAAGUGACAAGGUUCCGGAAGGGUCAGUAUUACCUUGCUGCAUCCCCAGUGCCCAUGAUGCAGCAUCGUGCGCCAGAUAUAGCGUCUCAGAUGCAAGUGGCCGCAGCAACGGGGCAGCCGUUAUUAGCGCCAGCACUACAUCCAUUCCAGAUGCCUUAUACAGGACAGCCGUACCAGCAAAUGGUGCGAAUGGUGCAAGCACCGCCGCCACCGCACAUGGCCACCCCGUACCAUCAUCACCAUGACUCGCAAGGUCCACAGGCCCCCGGCAUACAAUACAUGGGCCCGCACACUCAUCCACAUCCUCACGUAGCUCAACAGCCACCUAGCCAAACGCCGUCGCCGGCCAAUCCGAAUCAGCCGCACACACCGGGCGCCUACAAUCCGCCCGGUACUCCACAGCCCACGUAUCCGCAACCUCCGCCGCAAGGUCACGCGCCGACCUAUCCGAUCAUGUGCCCUAUAAUUCCAUCUCAUAUACCUUCACUUCCACCGCAACACAUGCAAUACCUGCCACCGCAGCCGCCUCCGGGCGCGCAGCAGACUAUACCCGUCAUUUUACCGCACAAUCAGUAGCCGCGACAUAAACUAAAGGAAAGAAAAGAAGCGUUAGUAUUCUGAAAUGGUAGGACAUAAGACUUGAAAAAUUGAGUUACUUUCACGAUGGCAUCGAUCGGCCGAUCGCUCCAAGAACCGCUUCAAUUACUUCAAUUACGCGCGUGCGUGCGCGCGCGCGCGCGCUCUCUUCAUUCGAUCCAUCUAGAAUCUAGAUUCUAGAUCAACUGAUCUAGAUAUCUUCUCGUUCAGUCUCCUCUAGAUCAACUAUAUGCAUAUAUUAAAGCAGCGUAAAGUUAUCUUACGCUGCUCACAUCUUGCUGCGAAUGAGAGGAAAGGUGGGUAAUCGAUCCAUCAUGUACGAUACCCCGUGAGUGUGUAAACUUGUAAACGGAUUCUAAAACUCUCACCGGACACUUACUCCGGAGAGUGUUGACCAUCUUGAAAGUAACCUGUUAUUCGAAUGUAGGUCGAUCGUUGAGUGACCUAUGGCCUGUAUUAUCGUCGAGUCCCGUGGAAAUUUCAUUGAUUAUACUUUAAUCAAGUUUUAAAAUUGUAAAGCGAUGGUUUAUCAGCAUGUAAUUUUGCAAAAUUCAAACAAGUUCACUUUUAUCGGAUUAGCAUGCGUAUCGGAAUAUAUCGAGAAAGGGUCGACGACUUUUUCGAUAUCGUGCAUUUUUAUCGAGUAGUGCUCAAUCCUCGUGUCUCCCUCGGGAGAGGACCGCUCUCGUUCGGUAGGCGUAUUUUACAAAAUUCAGGAGUUUGAAUUGUCAUACGCGAUUGUCAUUGCUUGCACUACCUUUGUUACUUGUGUCAAGUAACAAUCAAGAUUCAUAUUCUCGCGCCCGCUCUCUUUCUCUGUCUGUCUCCUUCAUUUCUCCAUCAUUUUUAAUCGAGAUGAUUAUUGAAAUUACACGAGAAUCACGGAAAAGUACAUGACAUAUUUUUCUGCCCGUGACUGGCGGAGGGGGAGGGGGGGGGAGGAAGACGAGGUGUCAAUUCCAUUCGGUAAGGAGAAGACUUCGGGAGAAAGGAAGAGCUUGAUUUGAACGAAGCGAGCGAUAAUUCAGCUGUGGAGUACGGCUUGCAGGGUAAAACACUAGCGAGAUAUUGCUAUCGAUUCUGCGAUUUGUUGAUGAUGAGUUUUGUUACGAGAUGUUGAUACGCGCAGGAUCUUCGAACACGAAAGAUCACACCGUAUGCAAGUAAGCGAGACGGACGCGACGCAACGCAACACGUGCGAGCACACCGACGAAUCGUGCUAAUGUUAACGAUGCGAACAGCAGGCAUUCGAGAGGUACAUAAUUUGACGUGUUGGGUUUACUACCGAAAUUUCAACGAUUAAUUUCGUUAGCGAACCCUGUCGUGCUAUAGUUUGCGUUGGCGACAGCUAAUGGUUUUCGUCUUUACGGUACUUUACACACUCGUUAGUGCUACUCGCGAUACCAAUAACGAGGAACAUUGUCGACGCGACUCAAGUUUUACACGACAUUUAUUAUGGCGCGACACGAAUGUAAAAAAAGCUUUUCUUUCGAGUCGAUAUCGUUAGUUUGAUUGCUCCCCAGAAAUUGCUAGCGAUUGCCGUACAUUCUUACAUCUGUGCGAGAUGGAAGAAGGGAAAUUUAGGCUUACUCGCGCGUUAAUCUGGAUCAUUAUGUAAGAAUAUAAUGUGAAACAUUGUGCAUAAUGGCGGUCUCGAGUAAGUUAUUUAUUAGUUCUUGUCGCAUUCAACCGCGCAGUGAUUUGACGAUUCGAGGCGAAUCUCUAAUUGAUCAAAGAAUCACCAUUGGAUUGGACGAGCGCGAGUCCAUCAUGGGAAUGUUUUCAUCUUAUUAUUUCUACAUCAUGAUCUGGAUGACGAGGAAAGACACUGAUCGAUCGCUUGUUACCUUGUAUCGAAGACUUGUACUCCAGACUAUUCGUGACUAUUAGAGGUGGAGCAGGACUGGUGGCGAUGGAAUCACAUCAAUCCUUGGUUAAUUAUGUACCUCUUAUCGAUAUGUAAAAACCACGCUCGAUACCUUGGAUUUAGAAAUCUAUCUGAACGUAGCGUAUACUGCCAGUAGAACAAGAAAAGGGAGAGGGCAUAAGACCAGAGGCGAAAGAGAGCCGUAAAAAUAAAAGAAGCUGGCAUCGUAUCUCUCUGUUUUUUUUUCCGCAGAUAGGUAGAAAAAGUCUCCUUCCUACUCGACCCUGGAACAGCUCGCGCGCCUCGCUCAAUUAGAUUUGAAACAAUUCAAUUUCUGUUGCACGGCAAAACUUGUUUUGUGUCGCGUGAGGUAUUUGAUUUUGCGCGCGUAUGCUAAUGGAAUGUAAGGGGGAGAAUAAACGAAUCUGUCUUUAUUUCAA